GUCUGGAUUAAUUGAAGAUGAAGAGAAUAUUCGGUGCGAAAAACAACAAAGAGCCUCCACCGUCCAUUCAGGAUGCUUCUGAUCGGAUCAAUAAAAGAGGAGAGUCAGUGGAAGAUAAGGUUAAGAGGCUUGAUGCUGAGCUUUGCAAAUACAAAGACCAGAUCAAAAGGACCAGACCUGGUCCUGCUCAAGAAGCUAUCAAAGCACGAGCUGUGCGAGUUCUCAAACAAAAGAAAAUGUAUGAAGGACAACGUGACAUGCUGUACAAUCAGACUUUCAACCUUGAUCAAGUUUCUUUUGCUGCUGAAGGCCUCAAAGAUGCUCAACAAACUAUGACAGCGUUGAAAUCAGCUAACAAGGAGUUGAAAGGAAUGAUGAAAACCGUCAAGAUCCAGGACAUAGAUAACUUGCAAGAUGAGAUGAUGGACUUAAUGGAUGUGAGCUCCGAAAUUCAAGAUUCACUGGGUAGGAGCUACAAUGUUCCUGAUGACAUUGACGAAGAUGACCUCAUGGGUGAGCUUGAUGCACUUGAAGCUGACAUGGGAAACGAGACUGAAGCAGACGGAGUGCCUUCCUAUCUCCAACCCGACAAGGAACCGGAUCUUGAUGAGGAACUUGACUUGCCUCCUCCCCCACCAGGAAGGACAACCACAACAGGAGCUCAACCUGAACGAGCUGCGCAAAAGGCUGAGGAUGAAUGGGGAUUACCUGCGGUGCCACGUGCUUCACUUCGGGGUUAAAAUUCACACUUUCUGCUUGUGUGCAUACAAGAAUAUUCAUCUCCAAGCGUUUUCACUUGUGAAAGCUACUAUUGUUUUUUAUAAAUCCCUUACGCAUGUGAUCAUACGUUUUGUGCAUAACAGUCUCAUAAACAUUGGAUCCUCGAUUUGGUUAUGGUUAGUUAUGUAUGAUCUGUUUCUCACAAACAUGCAAUUCUUAUCAAACUAUUGAUGUAAUGAAGGCAAAUUUUGGUUUAA